UCCGAGUUUUAGCCUUUAGGGUUUUGAGGGGGCUGAAGAACAAACGAAAGCCUGCAUGAGGCCGAGGCUGUUGGAAGAGGCUUAGGAAGCGCACUAAAAAAGCUUCGCCCCCUACGUAAAAUUUAGUUGAGGAGGGAGGAGACAACAGCUGUCAAGCCAGAACUAACAGCUGCGCGUCAAGUCAGUUCUGCAGGAUUCUAGUGAUUGCUUCCUUUUCUACAGGUUUCCGAACACAGUGCCCCUUUCCAGUCGGGAUAUCGUGACGGACAGUUGCAUAAAGAAACGCGCUGCCUGCCAGAUUGACAGCAUUGCAAGAAUGCAGACCGCAUGCAGGAAUCCAGUGUUGCGCACGUGUCCACUAAAUCUUGUGAGUCGCCAUGUCGAAACCAAAGCCUAUGCUUCCAGGGCUCUACUCUUUGUGUGCUCUGAAGCUGGUCCUUGCGGCACUGGUUGGAUGCCAGGCCUCUUAGGAUGUAGAUUACGUGGUCGUCUGCAGCCCAGGCCAGCUAAUCAAGUAGGGCGCCAAAAGUUGCGGAAAGAAGCUUUGUGCUGGGCUCAACAAGGGGGCGACGGUGGUCCAGUUGCAGCCAAUUGGCGGUCAAAAGAUCCAUACAAAGUGCUCAACGUGUCUGAGGACAGCGACGCUGAGACCAUAAAGGCGGCAUACAGGAAUCUGAUGAAGGAGUAUCAUCCAGACGUUUAUAGUGGGGUAGAAGAUGCAAACAUCAUAGCGGAUCGACUAAUUCGAGCUUACAAGCUUCUGAUCGACGACGAUGAUCGGGAGCAGAUACGAUUACGAAAGGAACGAGGGCCAUUCAGAGAGCCUGAUGGGCCGGCUGUCAGUGUGUUCGUCAACGAGUUUAGGUGCAUCGGACCGCAGUGUCCUUACAGCUGCGUCCGCAAGGCACCCAAAACGUUCUACUUUGCCCAGGAGACGAUGAGAGCCCGAGCAACGAAUCGAGGUGGGGACGAUGACUACAAUAUUCAGAUGGCUGUCGGCCAAUGCCCGGAAACCUGCAUUCAUUUUGUCACGGAAGACCAACGGCUGGAGCUCGAACAGCUGAUGGAGAGUGCUGUCGUAAGAGGUGAACGUUCGGACGAAGUUCAAUACCAAAUGGAGAUGCUGAUCGCAACUGCUAAUUUUGAAAAUGGGAGGGACAGGAAGCCGCGAAGGACUCCAAAAAAACGGGAUCAGUAUGUUGACUGGUUCUGAGAAGGUCAAUUGCACGGGCCUUGAAUUGUCCCACUUUAGCACUUACAUGGAAGCCACCUGACUAACGUGUUCAAGCGGCGCUUGCAGCCUAGUUUAUUCGAAUUGCCUCAAAUUGUAUAUACGAGACUGGUCACAUUGGCGGCCUAUCUUUAGGACUGAUAGUUCAUCUUGUGACAUAAGGUGCCAUCUUCGUAUCAACAAUGACACGUUGGAGGAUGCUAUCGGUCAGGGAGGAACUUGGAAGCUUGGUAGUUUUGAAACUAGUAGGCAGUUAGGGAUAGCUGCUAGUAGUCCUUGUACAGUCCUGUCAGAAAUGAUCACAACUGCUUGCAAGACACAAUCUCCAGACUAAGUUCGAAGGACUGGCCGGUCCCAUUGCGUUUGACUUAGAAUAUAAUGUGCAUGUGAGCAUCAACGCG